AGGCUUUUUCUCUCUUCGUUUAGAGAGAGAAGCUCUCUUUCAACUUCUUCCUCUUACCAAAUCUCUUAUCUUUCGGAGUAAGAUGUUGAUGUAAACUUUUUGUUUGUAAAUAUCUUUUGACCUUAGUGUCGACUUUCUCUUCCGUUUGUCGGAACCAUGUUUCGCGUUAGUCGAUUUUCAAGUUUCCGUUGCGGAAUAAUCUUCACUUAGGUGAUUUUGUUGUGGCUUUUCAAGCUAUUUCGAAGCUGUUUUUCAAAAUCAAAAUUCUAUCUUCGAUAAUAGUUUGAUUUUACUAAGAACUCUUCUCCUCCUUCACAAAGUCAUUUAAAUCCCGUCAGUUUUUUGUUGGGUUUUUUUCUUCUUUUGAUUAUCCGCAUAUACUUUGUUUAUGGGUGUCAAUCUUUGCUCUCACUUGUUGUGAGCCACCAUGAGAUGGCAUAUGAGUAAAGUUUCCUUGAUACAAAGUAAUAUGUGUUUUUUGGAUUGAUCUCAACUGAUUUCUCAGAAACUUAGUAAAAUUGGCAUCUCUGAUGGUCCGAUAAAAAGUCUUCUUUAAAUCAAAUUUGAGUUUUCCACAGCACUUAUCAAUCAGAGAUGAAGAAAUUUCAGCUAUAAACGGCGAUUUCGGUGGAGGAUUGGAGCUAGAUGUGAUUGGGAAACUGUGUGAAAGACAAAGAUGCAAGCAAAUGCAGAGCAGUCCUGGGCGUCGACAACCGCACCGUCACCGGAGUUCCACCCUCGGGCAUGAUGGACACGCGUCAAUACACGUGUUCUAAUACAUUUCAGUAACAAGACGUGUGGAGCAGAUGAUAAUCAUAUUGCCAACUCAUCUCCUCUGAAGCCCCUAAAUGUCAAAAGGCAAUCUCUCAUAGACACCCAUAUAAACAUAAAGAUAAACAUUUAUUUAAAAAAUCGGAUAUGGCGGAAAUGACAUAGAAACCGUGGAAUAGUUGAAGUAUUUACAAGUUUUACCAGGGUAUAACUCAUCCGCCCCGACCCGACCCGGAUUUAUGGUCAAUUCAAUUGAACUGAAUCGUCUAACCGUCUAACCAAUCCCUUGAAACCAAACCAAUCCCUCGAAACCAAACCCAGCCCUCGAAACGAACCAAUCCCUCGAAAACCAAACCAAAUUUGUCGGUUUUGUCGGUUUUCAAUAACUCAAUUUAGUUAAACCUCCUCUUGUCGAUUUCGACUCAUUUCUCAUUUCUCCACUUUCACUCGAGUUCAAACCCUAAUUUGAAUCAAUUUCGUACCCAAAAUCAACGGUGAGAACGAGAGAGAGAAGAGUUCGGAGGAUUCAAUCGAGUGCUAUGGUGGUCGAAACAAGAGGAGGGGGUAAGAGGAAGGAUAAUCCAACGAAGGAAGAGAUUCGGAGAGUGAAGUUUGCAAAGGAGACGACGGCGGAGGCCUUUGAUAAUAUCGAGAAGACGACGACAGAGAGUGUUGACUCGACGGCAAAGACGACGGAGACUGUUGAAUCAAUGGGACAGACAAGGGAGACGAGUGACUCGGACUCGAGGGAGAUUACGGCGGAUAAGACGAGUGAGGACUCGAGGUAGAUUACGGCGGGAACGGAGCCGAGUGAAGUGGCUUUAGAAACUGCUCCGACGACAGUAAACAAAGGUCCUGCUGGCCCAUCUCCUCCAGCUCCUCCGGCAACUCUGGCGAUUGGGACUCAUUCUGGAGAUGAAGAAAAUGAUGAUGAGAAUUAAGGUUCCGAAGAAGGAAAUGAAGACGGAGAAGAAAAAGAUGAUGAGAAUGAAGGUUCUGAAGAAGGAAAUGGAGAUGAAAAAAGAAAGGAUGAUGAGAAUGAUGGUUCUGAAGAAGAAAAUGGAGACGGAGAAGAAAAGGAUGAUGAUAGUGAAGGUUAUGGAGAAGAAAAUGGAGGCGGAGAAAAGUUAGCAAAUGGAGAUAGAGAAGCAAACGAGAAUGAGAAUCAACCGGAACCCGAGGGUUUGAAUGGAAAUGUGGGACUCGAUAUAAUCAAACCAACGAGCAUGUUCUUCAAGCCCAGUGAGUACAGCAAAAAAAUAAAGCUUGGCACAAGGUGUAUGAUAGCUAGCGCGAUUAAGACGCUAAAAAAUCUGAAACCCAAGCUGUCUAACGCGGAGUGGAGCUGGUUCACGGAGCAUCCCCAAUUCAAACACCUUUUCCACAUGAAGAGUGAGAAUAACCAUAAGGUUCAGGGAAUGUGGAUGUUGUUGCUGCGUACUGCUGGUAGCGAGAGGCGGAGAGAGGUGGUUUAUUGUGAUUGGGGUUGCCAUCCGUUACGGGCUGAGGGAACAUGGUUUGAUAUAUGGGCUAUUCUGCCACAACUAUCCUCUCGGCUACAAAGAGCUUGGUGGGACGAGGUUCGUUGAUCGUCAUUUCAAGAAAGGAGAACCUAGAAUGUUAGAGGAUGUUAAGAAGAAGUUGGUGAACAUGGGAUCCCACAAAGACAGACUGAAGAUGGCGGUUCUAUUCUUCUUAGCUUCGGUUGUUUGUGCGCAAACCAAGGUUGGACACAAGGCUAAUGAUGUGUUGGAGGUGUUCUAGAGAGCAGUGGAUGAUCUUGACUACUGCAAGUCCUUUCCGUGGGGGACAUUUUCAUAUGAUUACAUGUUGAAGGAGAUCUCUCACACAAUGGAGCAUUUUGGAGGGGUGGUGAAAGAGAAAACAUUAUGGCCGCUUCCAUGAUUUUGUGUUCCACUAGGCUUCUUGCAUUCGAGGCAAUUCCUAAGCUAGGAGUUGCGUUCAGACAGCCUGUUGAUGGAGCUUCUCCCAACUGUCCGAGGAUGUGCAAGACCUCAUUCAAACGAAAUGGAUCGACAAGGGUGUCACUUGCUGUGAUAAAGAAGGAACUGGGUAAUACAACUGUUAUUGACAGCAUCAUCCCCACCAGAACUCCACAAGAAGAAAGGCUGUUGGAUGAGAUUUUGGAAGAUGAAGACGACAUUGAUGUAUCUGAUAUAGCUGUGGACAGUUGGGAGAAGUGUCUGGAUGCAGGCGAAGAGAUAUUUUUUAAAGACAUGUUCAACGAAGAUGUAUCUGGGCGUGCAAAACAGCCAGAACCGAUUGAAGAUGCAGCAGGGGAUGAAGUACAGAUAUGUGAGCAGUCGGUUCAACUGGGAGAUGUUAUGAAGUUGGUGAAAAGAAAAAUGAAACUGUUGAGGACAGUUGACAAGAAGGUUGACCAGUUGGAUGGGAGAUUGGCCCCGCUUGAGGAGUUUGUCAAGGAAGCACAAGGCAAAGCAAAGGUAGAUGAAGCAGAAUCACAAGGGAAAGGUAAAAGCUAGAAACGCAAGAAGUCUUUGGGGAAAGGCAAAAACAAAAAGCUAAGUGAAGUCGAGUGAAGAACCUAUGGUUUUAUGGAGGGUUUUAUGUUUAACGUUUUUAUUUUGUAGACAAACAAAGUCUUUGGAUGUUUAUCUAGUUUGUGAUGUGGAUUUAGAACUUUAACUAUGUUAUGACUAUGUUGUUAUGACUAUUUUGUUAUGUUGUUAUUGUUGACCAUGAGAGUGAGAGUGAGAGUUACAAAUUGUAGGUAUUAGCUGAAUCGUCAUUACAAUUCUUGGACAGAAUACAAACUUUAAAAUGAACAUGAGAUAACAUAAGGGUUCUAACAUUAGAUAAGAUUCAAGACUAGCUUGAAUUAUAACAUAAGUUUUGACAGAGACACUUAUACAAGUCUUAACAAACAAAGACUUGUAUUAACCGAAAUUGGAAAUAGAUAGGAAAAUACAAACUUUUUUAGCACAUCCAUGAACUUAGUACUUAGAGUUGAGAGCAUCAUCUCAUGGACGGGAGGUGGAGGUAAUAAGCCUCUUAAGCUUAGCAAUCUCUUCAUCCAUAUCAUUGACCUCCAUCCUUAGGUGCCUCACUUCAUCCUCAACACCAAAAGUCCAUGGCUAACGAAAGUGCAUCCCAUCGUCCUGCACAGUUUCACCCAUUGUAUACCUCAGUUUCACCGAGUAUGACAAAACACAGUUUCACCCAGUAUGACUAAACACAGUUUCACCCAGAGUAUAACAUAGUUUCACCCAGUAUGACUAAACACAGUUUCACCCGGAGUAUAACACAGUUUCACCUAGUAUGAUUAAAACAUUUUCUAUCAGAGUAUAACACAGUUUCACCCAGUAUGAUUAAUACAGUUUCUUCAAAGAAGGAAAUUAACUCAUAAUUCUUGCAGCUGAAGUACCUACUUCCAGGCAAGGUAUCGAAAUCGUGGCGAUACUUCGGAUUUAAAGACACAUCCGUCUCGAUUUCACCACCACAUGGGCAACAUGUAGAAAAUUCCAUAUUGGGCAUCACAAAUGUAGCCUAACAUGUCGUAGUGUUUCUUCAGCUUCUUCAUCUCCUUCUUCUCUUUGUACGGAUGAGUCAUGGUCAGUAAAGAGGAAGGGAAAGAGUAAAAUCGUGGAUGUGGAGAGAAUAUGAGGAUAGAAAGGAAAGAUAAUGGAUUAUGAGAUGUGUGUGGGAGUGGGAGGACGAGAUGAGAGAAGAGAGUAGAGAGAGAGAGUGCUUGGGAAGUGACAAAAGUGAGUAGACAGAGCACAGUUGACGAGACAAGAGAGAGAGUCACGAGAAAGGAAAAGAGCAGAGGGAAUCUAACUUUGACCGAAAUAAUUGAAAAUUUUGAAAUAUUUUCGCUUUGGCGCGAAAAAAAAAUUAUUCCCCCCCAAACAAAUUUGCUUAUAGUUUUACUGAAAUUUCAGG